AUGACCGAGACAUGCGUUGACAUUCUGUGUGCUGCCCAAUCUACCGUUGCCAAUGGCAACCCAUCGACAGACGGCAAGAUCGAAGAGCUGACAACACCUGAACGACUCGAUCUAGCCAUGCAGGAAGCGAUCGCUAUGACACAACUAGCACCUUCUUCGGCAAGGGGUUAUCUCUGGGUGAGCCAUAUUCAUUCUCUUUGUGGACGUUAA